CCAUUUGGUGAAUUGGUUUUGUAAUACAAAAACAACUAUUGAUUAUAAUAUCCUCCUUUAAGAAAGUGGAUUCUCGUUUUGUAAUUUUGCUUUGAAACGGUCAAAUUAUUAUGAAAGGGUUUAACCGGAAAAACAGUGUUUUAUUUUGAAAGACAGGAAGUGAGUGUUAUAUUUAGUUCUAUAAGGGCUUUUCUUCUGACUUAGCUUGUCUAGUUUGGGCGUAGCUUCACGUGCACAGUUUUUAACCGGGACACUGUAGGGAGACCAUGACCAGUUUGAGGCGGCGGACAGUACGAGAAGAGAUGUUCGAGUGCUCCGACUUUACCGCGGGUCUCUCGGAAACUGACCUCCAAAGUCGUCGACUUGUCUCCCAUUGAGGUCUCUGAACUUCUCCGAGUCCGAGUCCCGGCAGCCGUUGGUGGAGCUGGGAGAAUAAGGCGCGCGGGUGUCGGAGGUCAGCGAUACAUUUGCCAAGAAUAGCGUUUUUUGUUUUUCUCCAACGUUUGAGUAGUUCACGCCGCCACGAUGCUGAAGAUUUACCUCCAAAAAGCUAUUUGGCCAGCUUUUCAGAAGUUACCGAGGGGACUGAGGCAAGCUGCCCCGCCGCCGGUGACGGCGCAGAGGCUGCCGGGUACUGGGCGGCACGUGCCGAGCUGCUGGAUGGGAACCCACGGGAGAAACGAGCCGUGGGAGCCGCUGAACUCCCCAAAGAGGGCAAAGGAGUUUAUCUACCGCCUUCACCCAAAGGAGAGGUCCUGCUUACUGAACGAGCUGCAGAGUUUCGAGUCCAUCGCCAUCGCUCAAGAGACGCUGCAGCCAUCACCGCCAACAAAAGCCCAGAUCAGAUACGUGUUAUUCCACAACGCCAUUCCUUUUGUUGGAUUUGGUUUUCUGGAUAACGCCAUCAUGAUCGCAGCAGGAACACAGAUUGAACUCUCCAUCGGAGUGACUCUUGGGAUCUCCACCAUGGCUUCUGCAGCUCUGGGGAACCUGGUUUCAGAUCUGGCCGGACUCGGGAUUCUGAGGCUGGUCCUCAUCCCGUCUGGUUGUUGCAGCCUUGCAGGUUACGUCGAGGCUCUGGCCUCCAAACUGGGGAUGCAGGUUCCAGACCUGACGCCCAAACAGGUGGACAUGUGGCAGACGCGGCUCAGCUCCCACAUGGGCAAAGCCAUCGGUGUGUCCAUCGGCUGCAUUCUCGGGAUGUUCCCGCUGUUUUUCCUGAGCGAUGAUGACGAGGACAAAGAGUCUCCGCCCGGCAGGGACGCACACUCCUAACAUCUCAACAGCUCAGCGCUGUUUUCUGAACGUCCGGAUGCAGUUUGGGUUUAUGUUCCCUCCUCCGACUCCUUUAGUCCACCGUUUGACGGAUUUGGUUCAGAGUUUUUUGUUUGCAUCUCAAAGCCGUCGUGUUCAGGAGUCCCUCUCAGAUGUUUGCAGCAAAACGCUAAAACCUGAAAUGUUCAGUUCUUCAGAAUGGGGCGUGGCAGAGUCCUCACCCUCCAGGCAGCGUGCGACGGCGGGAGGCGUGGUCCCAGCGCCUCUGGCCCGCUGUCUUGACGGAUGACUGACAGCUGCUCAUUUCUAAAUCAGGCGGCGUCCUCUCUGGUGACAAACGCCAUCCGUCACGGACGUCUGCCCCAGUUCACGGUCAGCGUGGCGGCUUCUCUUUCAGUUUUAAAGAAUGUAAAUAUCUCAGAGGAGAGCUGUGGGGGUCCUGCAUCAGAACCGGGGGGGGUCGCCUUAGGAUCAGCAUAAAGUGACUGAAAAACCAGAUUGUUAAUUUGAAAAAGGAGAUUUGAAACCAGUUUUAAACUUGAAAAUGCAUCUAAACAUCCUUAAAGUGUUGCUAAAGGGAAAUAAUGAUAUUUUGUUUUUUCGUUUCUCUCCCUCUUUACUUUCAAACAUCGAUUUAAAGUUUCAACCCAGACUCUUUGUUUUUGAGAUGGGGGCGGGGCUUUGAGCCCAUUGGGUACUGAGGGAUGAUUGACAAUGUGUGACGGACGUUUUGAUGUCAUUUCCACUCCAAAACGGCGUCUGUCAUUGGCGCCGCCCGCGUCA